AUGGAAGAGAUUGGUCUCCCCCCCGUCCUUAUCGACGAUGAGCCACUCGUGCCUGUAUCUAUCGAGACAAAGACCGAUCUGUAUGCAAAAUAUAAAUCUCUUGAGCGACAUUUAGAGUUUCUGAAUAUUCAAGAAGGUUAUAUUAAAGAUGAGAUGAAAAAUCUCAAACGUGAGCUCAUUCGUGCCAAGGAAGAGGUCAAACGGAUUCAAUCAGUACCGCUUGUGAUUGGUCAGUUCUUGGAAAUGGUGGAUGCCAAUUAUGGUAUUGUAGGUUCAACUGCUGGUUCUAAUUAUUACGUGCGGAUCCUGAGCACGCUGGACCGUGAACGUCUCAAGCCAAACUCAUCUGUAGCACUUCAUCGUCAUUCACACGCUGUUGUUGACGUGUUACCUCCUGAAUCCGACUCAAGUAUUCAAAUGAUGCAAAUGUCUGAGCGUCCUGAUGUCUCAUAUGCGGACAUUGGUGGCAUGGACAUUCAAAAGCAGGAAGUGCGAGAAGCUGUGGAGUUACCACUUACUCAUUUCGACCUGUACAAACAAAUUGGUGUGGAUCCACCACGUGGUGUCCUCAUGUAUGGACCACCAGGUACAGGAAAGACAAUGCUGGCGAAGGCCGUGGCAAAUGCCACGACAGCUGCCUUUAUCAGUGUCGUGGGCUCAGAAUUUGUGCAGAAAUAUCUUGGAGAAGGCCCACGCAUGGUCCGUGACGUCUUCCGUCUUGCCAAGGAGAACUCACCUGCUAUUGUCUUUAUUGAUGAAGUGGACGCCAUUGCAACAAAACGCUUUGACGCUCAGACAGGAGCAGACCGAGAAGUGCAGCGAAUUUUGCUGGAAUUGUUGAAUCAGAUGGACGGAUUCGAUCAAGCUACAAAUGUCAAGGUCAUUAUGGCAACCAAUCGUGCCGACACAUUGGAUCCGGCAUUGCUGCGUCCUGGUCGAUUGGACCGCAAGAUUGAAUUCCCGCUGCCGGACCGACGACAGAAACGCCUGAUCUACCAGGCCUGUACAGCAAAGAUGAACCUUGGAGAUGAAGUGGAUCUCGAGGAUUACGUGAAUCGCCCAGAGAAGAUCAGCUCGGCCGACAUUGCGUCCAUUUGCCAGGAGGCAGGGUUGCAGGCAGUGCGCAAGAACCGCUAUGUUGUUCUACCCAAGGAUUUUGACAAGGGCUACAAGAAUGCCAUCAAGCAGGCGGACACGACAUUCGAGUUCUACCACUAA